UCAUCUUCAGCUCUUCACAUCGCCAGAACAUAACUUAUCACCACACACUUCAUCCCACACAUUGACUACCAUUUUUUUUUUAUUCUACAGAUGUUGUCCCUUGCAACUUUCAGAAUUCUCAACAGUAUAAAAGCACCUGAACUGUUGAGCAUUUGUCUUCACCCUUCAACAACAAGUGCCUCAACCCACACUCAUCAGGUCACCCUUUGGCCUUUGCCUCCAAGAACUCCAAGUCCUACAUUCACAUCUCAAUGGAGGCUGGAGGACUGAUUUCUGAGGCUUGCUGGACCAUGUUUGACUUCCUGCAGCAGGGCGAGGAGUCUGAUAUCAUGGCACAGCUCCUUGGCACCUUCCCCUCCCAUGAAGAGGAAGGCCAGCAGGAUCUGCCUUGGUAUCAGGCUUCCCAUCAGCCGUACUAUGAUUGUAAUCCUAACACAAGUGCAUGUAGUGAAAGCAACACUAGUAGCCUUGCCAUUCCAUCCCAGAGUAUGGGCUACUAUUUGGGUGACUCCGGUGAGACCCUCGGCAUCAGCUCCUGCAUCGCACCAGAUGGCCUCAACUUGGUCCAGGAGCAAGGUCCAACUGAGUAUAUGAACAUGAUCCCAAACAUCUCCCAUGAUUUGUAUGGGAAUGGAGAGUUGAGCUGCGAGGAUCUUGAUUCGGUCGGCGCUACUAACAAGAGAAAGCACUCGACUGAAGAAGAGAUCGACGGCCAAGCAAGAGGUCGGAAAUGCACAAGAAAGGCUGAACCGAAGCGAUCAAAGAAGGCUAGACAAAACGAAGCGAGCUGCUGCACCUCUGACAAUGACUCGAAUGCUUCUCAAGCAGAGUCAGCAGAAGCUGACGGUGUUAGACCGAAAGGAAAGGCCCGGGCUGGCCGUGGAGCCGCAACUGACCCCCAGAGCCUCUAUGCAAGGAAAAGAAGGGAGAGGAUCAAUGAGAGGCUGAAAACACUGCAGACCCUUGUGCCCAACGGAACCAAGGUAGAUAUGAGCACCAUGCUGGAGGAGGCAGUUCAGUAUGUCAAGUUUCUGCAGCUUCAGAUCAAGGUCCUGAGCUCCGAUGAUAUGUGGAUGUACGCGCCGAUUGCGUACAACGGGAUGAACAUUGGACUUGAUCUGAACUUGUAGAAUUGAUUUUCACAGCCUUGAGCUUCGGCUUGGGCAUAGGCGAGGGUCGGUGGAGGUCUCGAUGGCAUCCGACGGGCGCGUGGAAUGGAUCGUGUCCACCAUCCGCAUUAUCCCCGACUGCCCCAAGCCAGGUGGGUCUCCCUGUCAUUGCUUCCCCCUCUCUAGAACC